GUCUGUUCUCGGAGCUGAAGAUGGCUGUGCCCUGGGGCCACAUCGCCGCCAAAGCCUGGGGCUCCCAGAAGGCCUCCCCUGUUCUCUGCCUGCACGGCUGGCUGGACAAUGCCAACUCCUUCGACAGACUCAUCCCUCUCCUCCCAAGAGACUUUUACUACGUGGCCAUGGAUUUCGGGGGCCACGGGCUCUCGUCCCACUACAGCCCAGGCCUUCCCUAUUACUAUCAAAACUUCGUGGGUGAGAUCCGGAGAGUCUCGGCAGCCUUGAAGUGGGAUCGCUUCUCCAUCAUGGGCCACAGUUUUGGUGAGUACACGCGGCCUGGGCCGGAACUGGAGAACCUGCUGACCUACAAGCGGAAGGUGAUAGAGCACACGCUGCAGGUGGAGCAGGCCGCCCAGGAGCCCUCGCGCGCGCUCAGCCCGGAGGAGAUGCUGCAGAGGUUCCUGAAGAAUAACAGCCACGUGGGCGAGGAGUGCGGGGAGCUGCUGCUGCAGCGGGGAGCCACCCAGGUGCCCGCAGGCCUGGUGCUGAACAGAGACCGGAGGAUCGCCUGGCCAGAGCACACCUUCGAUUUCAUCAGCAAGGAGCUGUGUGCACACGCCGUCAAGAAGCUGCAGGCCCACAUGCUGCUCAUCAAAGCAACCGGAGGAUUUUUUGACGUGAGGAGAGAAUAUGAUGCUGACAAGGGGCUCAUACUGUUCAUGACUGACCAGCUGAAAUCUGCCCUAGGAGAGCGGUUCCAGUUUGUGGAAGUUCCAGGCAACCACUACGUCCACAUGAACCAACCCGAUCACGUGGCCGGUAUCAUUGGCUCCUUCUUACAGAGCAGGAACAGGAUCCCAGCCCAGCUGUAGCCCUGGGCCCGGGGCCACUGAGACCUGUGCUCACCACUCACCACCGGACGCCCAGCUCCAGGGGCCCCAGCCAGGCCAGGCACGAUGGGGCCAGGCCUCACUGGUCUUGAGCCACAUGAGCUGGCAGAGCAGAGGUGUGGGGUGCGAUUUCUGUCUCCAACAUUUGUGAGUUCACAGGGGAGAUCGUGUCUGGAUUCGGGGUCUGUGUUGUGGCUGGAAACUGGCAGUGAGCUGGGAGUGCAGAAGACUGGAUAGGCCGCCCGGCCUGCAGCCAGCAGCUCUUGUGCCUUUCCUGUGCCCGCCUGGAUGAAUAAAUUAUUCUUUUCUCUCUCA